AUGCCUGAUGUAUUGAAAUACAUUUGGUGGGCUUUGAUUUUAACAGGACACUUUUAUUUAAACACAGAUGCAAUUGAUGAAAUUCACAGGGAUUAUUUGGCAAAUGGAUAUACGACGAUUUUGGACACCAAUAACUCAUCUGCCGCAGUUAAAGGUGAAACGUUGGCCCACGAAUCUGUAAAAGAGUGGAAAAGCGCUCUGUCCCGACGAAAAAGGGACUUGCUGUUCCCCAGUGGAGUUAAACUGUGUUCACACGAAACCGUGCAGCAGGCGGUGCAGAAUCAUUUGAAGUACUUCAACCUACGAGUGUGCCAGGAGACGGUGUGGGAAGCUUUUAAGAUCUUCUGGGAUCGUUUGCCAGGGAAAGAUGAGUACCAGAUCUGGAUGCAAAAAUGUCAGGAAGGUAGUGUCAGUGUGUCUGACAUUGGCAAGACCUUUAGCGAAUCGUCUGAACACCUCACUGUCAUUGAAAGGAGGAUAGGAAUGGCUUCAACGACAACAAGACAUCAGACGACGACAAUCUCUCCAACACAAGCAAAUGUGGUCACAACUCGGCAAGUCAGCAUUGUGCUCCCUGAGGCACUAACAGAAUCACAAGACAUAACAUCACAAACCACCGCAAAUCAAAUCCGAAGUACCACUAUAGCUACAAAGCCUAAAAUGAUCACCCCAGAGAAUGAUCUUACCACAACCUUUGAGGACUUAGGGAUAAGCAGUAAUACAGAGCUUACAAGUGAAAAACCUAACUCAGAAAUUGAACAGAAGGUGGGAGCGGACACUCCUGAAGAAACGAAGACUGCAGAUUAUACCAUUCAACAUACAUCGCCUGACGCUGAGCCUGAUAGCACAUUUGAGCCUGAACUUCUCACAACCUCGCCAGGGAUAAGUACUUAUGCUACUACAGUAGUGGCCACUAAAUCCCCUAAAGAGCUUAAUUUAGUAACCAAACCGGAAGUUGGGGAGGUUGCUACUGAAAGUCCGGUUGGAACAGUAGAUGUUACUAUUCAGUAUGUAGAAGUUGUUUCAUCAGAAGAUACUUCAGUUCCUUACAAGCCUGAUCUUCCCGCAGCCUUUGAAGAAGAGCUUAACUCACCGGGGAUAAGCACUAUUACACCUGCAGAAUCCACAGAAGACCUUACUUCAGAAAGUGAACUUGAUGUGGCACAAGACGUUACUGAAGGUCUUGUUACAUUGAUGGUCACUGAUAAAACACUAAUAGAUUCGUCUUCAGUAGAUGUUCAGGGUGUCUUACCGGAGAGUCCUGUAGAGACGACUCCUACAGGUCUGCCAGAGGUUUCACCUGACACCACCACAGGAUGGUUGACAGAUACUCCAACAGAUGUGCCAGAAAUGGUACCAUUGACAACGCGUACUACAUUACAUGAGGCUAAUACAGGAGACGAUCCCCUUGAGGACACCUCUGUUGCGAAGGACGUUACUGCAGUAGUAACGUUAUUUAACAGAGAUGAUAAUGAGACACUUCACGGUAAAGAAGACAAGUUUGCACCAACGCUAGAAUCACUAGUUGACACAACAGAGAGUAUGGUUGAGGAAAUCAUAACCAUAUUACCAGACGUUGUUAAGGUGACGACUAGAGAAACACCAAAAGUUAUGGAAGAAACUGCUAAAGGAACCGAGAAGAAUGACCUAGUUGACGUUUCACCAUAUGAAGACACACCUACUACUGAGAAAGACGGAUUUGUAGCUGAAGAUGUGACUGCUAUUGAGAAAUUGGAUAUGAUGACAACAGACAUACCAGAAGUUACAGGAUUUACAUUUAAAGACAUUGGCACAGGCACAGAAAUAGUGCUUAACAACAACAAACCUGAAGAUUUUGGGGAAGACACAAGUGAUGCUGCUGAACGUGAGGAUUUCACUGAAGCUACCAACUUCAUGGAGUUUUCUGAAGUUUUGGUUGAGGAGACAUCACUAGAAACCUUAACUGCAAUCACACCUAAGGCCAAAAUUGUAACAAUACAUGAGCUUACCCUUAAUACUGCUUUUGUGGAUGGUACUCCUGAAACAGACAUUGCAGAGUUUGUUACCAAAGACGUAAGAGAUCCAGUAGAAAAAGAAACACCUGAACUUGGUGAAGGUGGAGAGGGUCCAUACGAGAUUCCUAAAGACACAAUGCCAGAUGUUACAGAGGUGGAUACACAGAUGACUGCCGUAGAUACGGUCUCCAAGGGUUAUGAAGUUACAGAACCAUCUGAGAUACUACAGAAAGUAAACAUCACAGUAAACCUACCUGAGACCAGAGGAGACAGUUUACUUAAAGUCAUAACAGACACAUUUACGGUUGUUACAGAAACAGCAGAUGUCAAAACAAACACGACUGGUGUAAAAUCUCAAGUACCUGAAGUUCUACUUAAGCCAAGUGAAAAAAUAACUAAAUCCCCAGAGGUCACACAUCAGACACCUGUGUUCACAUCUAAGCUCUUACCGGAAAUAGUUUCAAAGACACCUGAGAAGAUACCGGAGAUAACAGACACGCCUGAUGUUAUAUCUGACAUGCCUGUAGACCUACCUGAAUUAGAGAAGGAUGAAAACCCAACGCCCAACCUGAAAGUUGAGGACAUCACAGUUGUACAAAAUGAUUUGACGACUACCAUUCAAAAAAGUUUUUCAACUUCGGUACAAACCUCAUCAAAGGACAUUUCGAAUGACAUUCUAGAUGAAAACAACCUGAUUGGUAAUGAAAUUGAUGAUAUCCUGGCCCGACCGAUUCGUCCUGUGAGAGACCAUAAGCUGGAGCUGAGCAUCAAGCUAAAAGGAGAAAGUUAUGAUGAUGCUUUAAGAGAUCCAUCAAGUAACUACUAUCAAAGUCUUUCCAAGCAGUUCAUUGAGAAAAUUGAAGACAUUUUUGAAAGGCUCCCAGGUUUCAAGAAAAUAUAUGUCCUUGAGUUUAGAUAUUUUUCUCUGUUCUUCAGAGGCCUGGCAGUAGUGGUGCACUACGCCGUCGUUCUUGAAGGAGAUGGUGCGGGGAUAAGCAACGAGACAAUGGACUACAUUAAUUUGCAUUCAAAUAAGGUCGAGAACUCAUUUACAGAUCCCGAGGAGCUACCUACCGUGGUGUACACCAUCACCGACUUCCGGAACUACAUCACAGAGGCCCUCCACAGGGAAUAUUUUGUCGGAAACUCGACCCUAGAUGUGGACCCCGAAUCUUUGCAACUGAAAAACGUGGAGACAUUGCCGCCUUCCAAACCAACCAGCAGACCGCUUGACUCCAGCAACAUGAUGGACAAUGUUCUUGCAUCAGAGAAACCACCAGACAUUCCUGAAUUAUCCAGCAAUGACAUCUUCAUCACAAAUCAUGACUUUUUUGACCCUCUUCCCACUUUUGAUGGACAAGGUGAUGACACAAAUGUGAAUGAUGUCAUCGUCUUUGAGGAAAGUUCCACAAUUUCUCCUGCGGAUACGUCUUUAAAGAACUUGAAUUUUGAGCUUACAUCUAAAUCUGAGGCGUCAAGUGGUGUACCAUCUCGUGGCACAGAAAGUGAGUCUAUUCUUGAAGAGGAGGGAUUUCUACAGACUGCAACUACACUUAGUACCGUUAUAGAUACUGCAACUAAAGAUGCAUUACCUGCAGUAUCAAUACAAAGGCCAAAUGACAUACCACUUUCCCCUGUAGAUUCUCCUGGUGUGGAGGUUGCAACUCUUGGUGAAUUGACAGACCUGGGUUCAGGCUCAGGUUUCUCUGGGGAUGACCAAAGUGUUGACAUUUGGUCACGGGUGUCUGAAAAACCCCAUGAAGCCUCAGAUAAAGAUGCUGAGGUACAGCAACCCAAGGAAGAUCCAGAACAUAUAGAUGGACCACUUGAGCCUCCUCACCAAGAACCGACUCGUGAGGACACAUUCUUGGACAUGAUUCCUGUGACGCGAGGCAUUCAUGCCAAUCCUCGCUACACGACAGCUGACCAAGCCCCGGUUUUCUGGACUAUGAAGUCUCUGACUGUCGAGCUUUCCAUGCAGACACAAGUAGCACCUGAUGAUUAUUUUCCAAAUGAAUCUACCACUUUGGUUACACAUGUAACCGAUCAACCUUUGCUACGUGUUUACACCACAGUAGAUGAGGAUGGAUCACCAAGUCUUGAUACUAAGAGUUCACCUGUUCAUAAGGACCUCACAGAUAGUAUAUCAUCUACGGUGAUGCCGCCAAGCACAGCCAUAGAGGUAACAGAAGAGUACACUCCUUCAACAGAAAACAAACAGAUUCAGGAAGAUUUGGGUACAACAUUGGCCUCAACGACAAAGAUGAAAGAUAUCCCCUCAACCACGCAACUGCCUGCAAACCCAAACCUUGAUAUUGUGUAUGGGGAAGAUACUAUCAGUAAUUCAGAAGAAGUUAAAAUUCUAGAUGAAGUCUUGGGGGACAUCAAGAUUUUGUCUACCGAAAGUUCAGUGACGGAACUCUCUGAAAAGGAUUUAGCUGAAGAGGAGAUCAUAGUUGCAACAACAGCCACUCCAACAAGAGUCACAGAGGGACUCAAUUUAGAUCAUUCGACAUCUCUAAUUCCUGAGAAAGAGUCCCCGUUUACACGUGUAUCACAUUCAUCAGCGGAUAAGCAUGAACUUGCACCAGAUUCAAUAACAGAACCUACACACACCCAAUCCUCUACUCAUUUGUUUGUUAAAGAGAUGACUCCAGAGACUCCAGACAAUUAUGUGGAUGCUUAUACUGCAACUCACUUCAUUAAUCAAGAGGAGCCUAUUUUACCAAAGAAGGCUGAAGAUGGGGACUCAACUGGAAUAUUUUACUCAUCCACAAUUACUGUCAUUUCAGAACAUUCAGAGACAAACCCUAGUUCAAUGAUUCUGCCACCACUUAAUCAACCAAGUUUUACACCUACCGACCAGAAUGUUAAUGCAGAAGAAACUUUAAAUGAUUUAGUACAAGAAAACAGUACAAGAAAAGGUUUCAGCCAACCUUCAGAAACCGUGAACUCUGGGAGUACUACUGUUAAUGUUCCUAUUUCUGUUAACUCCAAGAUAACAGAAAUUGACGUUUCAUCUGACGCCUUCCCAUAUGAUGGGUCAAGCGACGAUGAAGAUGGUGGUAGUGGGUUACCUCAUGGGACGGACAUGGCAAGUAUUGCCUUGCCAGCCAGUCCUGGCAGGGCACUGGUAGUGUUUUUCAGUCUCAGGGUCACCAACAUGAUGUUUUCAGAAGAUCUGUUCAACAAGAGCUCUACUGAAUACAAGGCUCUCGAGCAGCGCUUUCUGGAGCUGCUUGUGCCAUAUUUACAAUACAACCUCAGCAAUUUCCAAAAUUUGGAGAUCUUGAACUUCAGGAAUGGCAGCAUUGUUGUAAACAGCAGGAUGAAAUUUGGAAAGCCAGUUCCCCAUAGUGUGACGACAGAAGUGUACCUUAUCCUCGAGAACUUCUGUAACACCGCUUACAAAACAAUGAAUCUUGCCAUAGACAAAUACUCACUAGAUGUUGAAUCAGGGGAACAGGCAGAUCCAUGUAAGUUCCAAGCGUGUAAUGAGUUCUCGAAAUGUUUGGUCAAUCGCUGGUCGGGCGAGGCGGAGUGCGUCUGUGACGCUGGCUAUUUUAGCGUGGAUGGGCUCCCAUGUCAGAGCAUCUGUGAAAUACAGGAAGACUUCUGCCAGAACGAUGGGAAAUGUGAUAUCAUACCUGGAAAGGGAGCCAUCUGCAGGUGUCGUGUUGGUGAGAACUGGUGGUACCGUGGUGAACACUGUGAGGAGUAUGUGUCAGAACCGCUGGUAGUCGGCAUUGCCAUUGCCUCGGUGGCUGGGUUCCUCCUCGUGGCCUCGGGCGUGAUCUUCUUCCUUGCCAGAACUCUGCGAGACCAAUAUGACACGGAUGAUUCAGAAGACCCUUUGCGGCAUCUGGACAGCAUGCCAUCUCUAGAGCGAGCCACUAAAUACAACCCCAUGUUUGAAAGUGAAGCAACAUUGGGCUGUAAUCAGUAUUACCGUCGUUACCCAGAAGCCUCUGCUUACAGCAACGGCAGUGUUGAGAACUCCACAGACUUCAGCAGCGAGGAAAUCAAACAUAUUUAUGAGAACAGUCAACUUACAAAAGAGGAAAUCCAGGACCGUAUUCGCAUCAUCGAGCUCUACGCCACAGACCGACAAUUUGCAGAUUUUGUCCGACAUCACCAGGUGGCGCUUGAUGCUCGACGAGAGAGCUCUUCCAAAUAAAGCUGAAAACCAAAUCUCCGUUCAACCCAAGACACUUGCCUUUUUUCUUGAAUGCAAGAAGAGGUCCUCAUUUGCCACAUUAAACUUUGCGGGGAUGUAAUCUGCAAAGAUGUACAGUAAAUGGACUAAAGAUGUGAUUAUAUUCUUUUAUGGACAUGCUUUGAGCCAUUACAAGGAUGGAUAAACACUUUGGAGAAGUAUACGAAUUGUGAUCUUAUUUAGUAAAGUUAUGUAUUUGUGUUUUUAUGUGGAUUAUGAAUACACUGUACAGGAUGUUUUGCAUGAAGUUUUAAUGUUUACUGUUUGUGUUGUUAUGGCCCUUUUUGUAAUUAUAGAACCCUAGACAUUACGUGGCACGAAAUAUUUGAUUUAUUUAUUCAUGUUCAUGGAUACGGUUUUCCUCUUUAUUUUAAGUCAUUGAGCACGAAUGUCUUUUUCGUGUCAGUCAGCAUGAAUUUCUUUUUGAAGAGUUUGGUUACGAAACGCAACGUUUGUCGCGUUUUGAAAAAAAUUACAAAAAAUUACACGGCGGAUAUCAGAUUUUGCGUAAAAUGAAGAAUUGACUUUUUAAUACUGACCUGAUACAAUAGUGAUUUUGGAGGUAACAAAUGUUUUAAAAUGCCGUUUAUCGCGUUUUGGAACCAAACUCUUCAUAUAUUGUUUUUACGUGUCCCCAAACACGACUUUCUUUUUCGUGUCAUUUUAUGUAUUGGUUUCUCAAAAAAAUCCAUUAUCCCUUGGGGUUAGGACUUCUGAAAUAUAACAGAAAGUCGUUAUAACUCCAACCCCAAAUGACAAUGGUAAAAAAUAGAGAAACCAAUACAUAUAAAGACUUAAAAAAGAAAGUCGUGCUCUGGGACACGAAAACAAACUAUAGUCAUUUGUGCUAAGUGACACGAAAAAAAGAGGAAAAUCGUGUCCAUGAAGAUGAAUAAAUAAAUCAAAUAUUUAGUGACUAUACCACAAAAUUCCUUCAGAUUGGGUUGAAUUAUAUAUUAGCUAUGUACAUAAUACACAUGACCUGGUCAAAAAACUGUAUGAGCAACAUAUAGAUUUAAAAGUUCCUCUCUUUUUUUAAAUGGAAAGUCUGUAUUUGUAUGGUCUUUUCGUUUGUCAGUGCCUUGGCUUGAUUGUUACUCUUCAUGUACAUGUGGGACAUCUUUUAUUAUGUCCUGAAACAUGGACUGACUGACCGACUGAAGAGAGAACGGUAUGCAAUAGUAUUUUAACAAAUGCAGAACAGAAUACUUCAUGCGUAUGUUUGUAAUUUCAUCAAUUUUAAUUUGACAUGUUUGGCCAUCACAUAUAAUCAUUUCAUCAAAUAAAAUUUAGUUUAAUUUUCAAAUGUUUCUUUUAGAAAUGUGUUUCGUGUUUAGCCUCUUUUUCCUGCGGAUGUAAUUUUUUUCUACUUUUGUAAAACAUUUGACACACACGCAGACACAAAAGUAUUAAACACUUUAACGUUAACAUCUGUCAUCACAACAGAUUAUAUUUAUGUAUAUUGCUUUCCACUGUAAUUUUCAUUGGUUACAGCACAGGUCCUAUUUUCUCAAUAAAGAA